UUUGGGGACAGUAGGAAGAUGGCGGCGGCCCCGCUGUACUGUGUCUGCCGGCAGUCUUAUGAUGUGAGCCGGUUUAUGAUCGAAUGCGACCUCUGUAACGACUGGUUUCAUGGCAGUGGGGMUGAGAUCCUGCAGUGGAUGCCUGGGGAGCAGGUGACCCAGAGGCACCUGGAAAGUCACGGCUGGCUGUACCCCAUUGCUGUGUCCAACAUGGAGGGACUGGGACUCAGGCUGCCUCAACCAUCCUUCUCUGUCAAAGAUGUGGAGCAAGUUGUUGUGUCCUUGUAUUACCAGUCAGUGAGUCAAACAUUGACUGUGUGUUUGUGUGUGCUGCCCUCUGCAGGAUGGAUCCAUGCCGUCCUCACCUCUCAGGAUUGCAUGGCGUUCGGAGGCAACUUCCUCCACAACCUCAACAUUGACAUGCAGCUCAGGUGUUACGAGAUGGAGCGUCGUCUGAAGACUCCAGACCUCUUCAAGUUUCCCUACUUUGAGGCUAUCUGCUGGUAUGUGGCCAAGAACCUGCUGGAGACCCUGAAAGAGUUGCGAGAAGACAACUGCCCUCCCCAGACCUACCUAGUGGAGGGAGUGAAAUCUUUAAUCAGUCCACUGAAAACCUGGCUGAAGAGAGAGGUUACGGAGCCCACCAGCGAGGUCCCGGACCAUAUCAGGCCCAACCGUCUCAUUAAAGAGCUGACCAAGGAAAUCCGCUACCUGGAGGAAGACCAGGGCAGCAGUGGUGGCACCAACAAGCCAGUGAAAUCUCAGGGAAGCGGUGGAGGCCAAUACCCUUCCACGUCCUGGUCCGUGACUCCUUUCAGUCCGGGUCUACGCGCCUCCACGCCUGGAAGGGAGACAAAAACGAGGGGUGCUGGCCCGGGCCCGUCCAGGCGCGGCGGGGCCUCAAAUGCCCGGAGCCCAGCCCUAUACCCCGCCCUGCGGCGGCAUACUCUGCUUGCCGGCAAGAACGUCCGCUCCGCACGAUCAGCUGGGCGUGCCGGAGGUGGAGCACAGGAGGCCAGCGUUACCUUCUCAGGGGGUAUUGAGAGGGUUAAGACUGAACUCAGGGAAGAAGCCUCAGGACACUCCGACGUGUCGGACAUGGACUCGGACAGUGAUUCCAACACACAGCAAAACACCUCUUCUGAGGAAGAUUCAGGAAGCUCCCAGAGUGAAGAUGAGGAGAGGGGCUCAUCCCAGAGGGCCGCGGGGCACACCAUAGAGCUAGACCAGACAGACUUGAACCUCCGGCACAAACACAAACAACUCAAAAGAGAACGUCCUACCUCACCCAGCACAGAGGAGGCCAUUCAAGGCAUGCUGUCCAUGGCUGGCCUGCUGUGCCCCUCCAAGCCAGACGAGGUCGCCACUUCCCAGGAGCCGUGGUGGUCCAGCCAGAGCCGAUGCUCGCCGGAGCGCCGAGAGCAGCACCAGCGUCGUGUGGCGGGGGACAAGAGCCCCAUGGACAGCCAGGGAAACAGCAGCAGCGAGGCCUGGGACAAUCAGGGGCCCCUCUCCCUUGGGGCCCUGAGCCACAAUGCCAGCCCAGAGGCCGACAACUACCAGUACUGUGAUCCCUCAAUGUCUCCCCCUCUACACCCCUCCAAAAGACACGCCUCCAACUCCCCUCCCGUCAGCAACCAGGCCACGAAAGGCAAGCGGCCCAAGAAAGGAAUGGCCACGGCCAAGCAGAGACUGGGGAAGAUCCUGAAGAUGAACCGACACAAUGGCGUCUUUGUAUAGAGCUCUGAGGGCCACAGGCAAAGCUAAAGGAGGGUAACAGACCCCUGUCCUCACAUCCAGAUUAUUCUGUACAUUUAGUCGACACACCUUUUUGUCCUGGAGAAAUCACUCCCUGGGGAAAGGGCCCAUCUGAGAGACUUGUUGUCAGACACACAAACAAACAGGCUUACUGUGCAUGCUUAGGACAACAGGGUAUUGGAUUCACAUGAGCAAGCUACCAAUCAAGCGCACAGCUUCACUGCAAGCACGCUAAAACGUAAUGGAGAAGAAGGGGG